AUGGGAUGCGGUUAUGCCUUAGAAACACAUAACUCUUCAAAGUAUGGGGAGAGCGACAGUCGCUCAUGGUUGCUUGGGGUCCAGUGUCAUGGACAGGAGCCACAUCUCCAGAACUGUAGCACCUUCGAACUACUUAAUUGUUCCAGCACUCACAGCAGUGGCGUAGGCAUCAUCUGUUCAGAACACUUACAGUUAAGGUUGUCAAAUGGUGGAAGCCCUUGUGCUGGUAGAGUGGAGAUUUACUACAACAGGACAUGGGGCUCUGUUUGUGAUGACUCCUGGGAUAUGGUAGACGCUCAAGUAGUUUGCAAACAACUGGGUUGUGGAGAUGCAUUGGAUAUGACCCUUCCUUCAUCCUAUGGAUUGGGCUCAGUCCCAGUUUUGCUGAAAGAUGUGAAGUGUUCUGGAAACGAAACCUUUCUCUGGGAAUGUCCUUCAGCACGACUCGGUCAACAAGACGACUGUUCUCAUAAAGAGGAUGUGAGAAUUAUCUGCACAGAGCACAAGGCGAUGAGGCUAGUGAAUGGAAAACAUCGCUGUGAGGGAAGAGUGGAAGUGUUCUACAACGGGACCUGGGGAACAGUGUGCUCAGACAAAAUGAAUUCAGUCAAUGGAAACAUUAUUUGCAAACAUUUGCACUGUGGCGCAUUCCAGGAUAUUGAAGAUGACAUUAAGUCAUUCGGAGCAGGAACAGGACAGAUUUGGCUUGAUGAGAUACAGUGUCUAUCACAUGAGUCGAAACUCUGGCAAUGUCAGGCAGACUUAUGGGGUCAACACGACUGUAACCACAGGGAAGAUGCAGGGGUUGUUUGUUCAGAGAUCGAUGAAAGGAUAGAGCAGCCCCUGAGUUCAAAUUCCUGCAUUCAAAACUCAGAUUCCCAAAAUACCUUGCUCCUUGUUGGAGGAAACAGUAACUGUUCUGGUAGAGUGGAAAUCAUGUGCGAUGAACGCUGGGGGACAUUGUGUGGUGAUUCCUGGGACAUGAGUGAUGCCAAUGUUGUCUGCAGACAGCUGCCAUGCGGUUUUGCUGUAUCAGCCCAAGGAGAGCCCGCUGUCUCUCAGGGACAGGAAAGUGAAUCUAGUUCCAUACCUGUCGUCGUCUGCUUAACAUUGGGAGUUCUGUUCAUCUUUGAUUUGAUCGCACUGCUGUUGGUAAUGCAGAGAAAAUUACGAAUGAAAGACCGCUACGCUGCUGCCACUGGCUCAAGUCUUGGUUUGUAUCAAGGAAUUUACGAGGAAAUUGAGGAUAUCCCGCUUGGGGCGAAGUCGGUUCAGAAGCAUGGCAUCUACUUCCUUGUUCACAGAAAUUCCGCUUCUGUUGACUCACACAAUGGCAUUGAAUACUACACCAAACACACCGUGAGUGACCACAACCCAGAAUCACCAAAUCCUGAGGUGAAAUCCAACGCCAGUCUAAACUUUACUGUGACCCUCAGCAUGAAUACAUUGGCUUUGAACUAUACCAGUCUGAAACGCGAGUUUGAGGUAAACCUCCUGCUCUGGAAGACCAAGAGUUUUCAGAUAGACCAAAGAGCGCCUUUGACCGAUGUUGUUGAUCAAGCAAAAAUAUUAGUCGACUUCAGGCGUUUAAUGGGGACUGCUUUCUUUGACCGCUGGGAAUUGAAAUGUUCUGCGCAGGGACCCUAA